AUGGCGCUCUCAUGUAUGCAGGUGAACAUCAACCACUGUGCAAAUGCCCAGGAUCUUAUGAUUCAAUCGAUAGCAGAGUGGCAAAUAGGAGUCACAGUUGUAUCGGAGCCUUACUUCAUCCCUGACCGAAACGACUGGGUCUCAGACCAUAACAAGACCGUAGCUAUUAUAGCCCCUGCUGCAGCGGGAUCCCCGUCCUUUGAGAACACCGUGAAGGGCCGGGGAUUCGUGCUCGCCGUACUAAGUGGUGUGGCCAUUAUCGGCGUCUACUUUUCGCCUAAUCGCCUUCUGGCUGAGUUCGAGCAGUCCCUAACAGAAGUCGGUGCCUUGAUUCGACAGAUAUCUCCCGUCCCUGUGAUAGUUGCUGGAGAUUUCAACGCCAAGUCGACGGCGUGGGGGUGUCCAGCGACAGAUGUUCGAGGCGACGUGCUGGAAGAGUGGGCUAUUUCCCUUGGAUUAACCAUACUCAACACUGGAUCGGAAAGUACAUGCGUGAGGCCGCAAGGCGAGUCCAUAGUCGAUAUCACCUUUGCGUCCGACGCUCUGGCCCGUCGGAUUCAAAAUUGGAGGGUAGAAGCAGAGGUGGAAUCGCUUUCCGAUCAUCGCUAUAUUCGGUACGAUCUAACCACUCUUCCGGUCACGGGAAGGAAUGUCCGUUUCGCUGCAGGGGACAGUCCAAAAUGGAUAUUGGGGAAACUCAAUAGAGAGCUAGCAAAAGAAGCGGCUAUCGUGGAAUCAUGGGGAUCUGUCAACGAACGUAUUAACACAGAACUGGAAGCCGAGAGCCAAGCAAUGCGUUAG